AUGGAAGCUGAGAUUCUAAGGAUGUGUCUGUCCAUGUUUCACGGUGGUCAAGAAGCCUGUGGUGUUGUAGCAGGUGGUGGAACUGAAGUUAUGUUGUUGGCAUGCCUAGCAUAUCGAAAUCGUGGAAUCGCUAGAGGAAUGUAUCACCCAGAAAUCGUAGCUCCUUCCACUGCUCACCCAGCGCUAGACAAAGCAGCAGAAAUGUUCGGGAUGACAGUACGUAGAAUCCCAGUCAGGGAAGACGAUCGAGUGCAUGCUGCAGCUGUAAAGCGAGCGAUCGGACCUCACACCUGCAUGUACGGUCAGGCACCGAGAUCUUGCUCAGUCCUUAUGUAUCGUGAUCAGUCGAUGCUGCGUCACCAGUGCUUCUGUAAUAGUGAUUGGCCAGGCGGUGUCUAUGCAACUCCCACUCUCGCUGGUGGUCGUGACGGAGGCGCCGUAGCCACCGCAUGGGCUACUUUACUUGGGAAGGGGCGUGAUGGUUACAUAACUGCAUGUCAUCGGGUAGUGGAAACGACUCGCCGUCUCGCUGAGUUGCUCUCGGAUAUCGACGGAAUCACGUUGAGAGGGGCAGCCGAUCUAUGCAUUGUGGCUUUUGAAACUACUCUUGGCGACAUCUACGUUCUGGUAGAUUUCAUGACAACCAAGGGUUGGCAUGUCGAUCCACUUUUGUCUCCUGAAGCUGCUCGGGUGCCGGUUACGCUGAGAAUGUGUGAGGAAGGAGUUCUCGAGGCAUUUGUCGAAGACGUCAUUGAAGGCCUUCGUUACCUUGGCGAAAAUCCCACCAAAACAACGAAAACUUCUGCUUUCUAUCACAUGCUGCAAACG